AUGGCAUCAAAGGCAACAAUCCUCGAGCACCCGUCCCUGGGACAGGUCCACGGCGUGCAGCCACAGGGCCAGGCGCACGUGGAGCAGUACCUCGGCAUCCAGUACGCGACGCUGGAGAACGCCUUCGCCAGGGGCAAGCUGGUCGAGGCGUACAAGAGCCCGAUCCGGGCGACAGAGACCGGGCCGCUGCCGGUCGCCGACCCCAACAACGUCGACAACGAGCACCUGCUCCUGCAGCACGCCCUCCCGCACCCGGCGUACGCCUUCAGCGCCACCGAGUGCCUCACGCUCAACGUCUCGGCCCCGUCCCUCGACGCCAGGGGCGCGGGCGCCGCGCCGCUGCCCGUGGUCGUCUUCAUCCACGGCGGCGGCUUCGCGACCGGCAGCGCUAGCUGGCCGCAGUGGGACCUCGCCCCCCUGGUCGAGCGGAGCGUCAAGCUGGGCGGCCCCGUGGUCGCCGUGGGGAUCAACUACCGCCUGGGCCCGUUUGGCUUCCUCACCUCGUCGGCCCUCAGGGACGCCGGGUUUGGAGCCAACAACGGCCUCGACGACCAGAAGGUCGGUCUGCGCUGGGUCCAGAAGCACAUCAAGGGGUUCGGAGGCGACCCUGCCAAGGUCACCCUCUUGUGCAGCAGCGCCGGCGCCGCAUCCGGCUUCUUCCACCUCCAGUCCCCCGAGCCUCUCUUCACCCGGCUGGCCGCGUACGGCGGCAGCCCCCUGAUCCAGCCCGUCCCGCUGCAGGUCUCGGAAGCCGCCUACGGGAUCGCGGCCGAGAUCCUCGGCAUCGACGCCCAGCCGCCGGCCGAGCAGGUCAGGUCGCUCCUCGCGGUCCCGGCGGGGGAGCUCCUGGCCAGGGUCGGCCACCUGCCGGUGCCCCUGACCGCGGCCGAGGACGGCGACGUCGUGCGCUCCACGACGUCGUUCGCCGCGCUCGCCGACACGGGCGCCCUCGAGAAGGAGUUCCCCGGCACCGCGUACUGCAAGUCCGUCCUGGUGGAGGACGGCCAGUUCGACGGCAUGAUCAUCGGCCUGACGGCCCUCGCCGCCCGCACAGACAACCUGGCGGCGUCCCUCAGGACCGCUCUGGAGGCCGUCUUCGCGGACGACCCGGCCACGGUCACGGCGCUCCUCGACGGCUACGGCAUCAGCGAGUCCAACGCCGACAGGGUCCCCGUCCUCAACUUCAUCAACGACAUCGGCUUCGCGCAGCCCGCGAGGGCGACGGCGGGGGCGUUCGCGGGCGCCGGGCCCCGGCUCGGGACGCGCUCGUUCCUCGCGCACUUCAACAUGCCCAACCCGUGGCCCGGCCUGUGGCAGGGCCACGCCACGCACGCGCUGGACAUUGCGAUCCUGCUGGGCAACUACAACGCGUUCCUCGGCCCGGGCCAGAGGGCCACCGCUGAGCAGAUGGCUGGGGACUUCCUGGCCUUUGCCAACGGCGCGGAGCCGUUCGCGCCUUAUGCCGUUGGGGGAGACGGCGUCGCCAAGGUAUACCAGGCGGCAGCGGAUGCGGAGGAGGAUGAGUCGCGUGUGGUCAAAGUGUCCAGUGGGGGAGACACCGGGCGCAGGCAGAUCUUGGACAAGCUGGCAGGCCGAGACCCGAGCGUGCUUGACAAGCUGUUGGAUGUGUUUGGUCUGUUCCUCAAAGGGCCCGGGUCGAAGUAA